AAUCGACGUUCGUUGUUGUGGCACAAAUACUCUCUACUCCGGCGGAAGGAGGGUAUCAUCGUUCCUAAUCAUCUCUCCGUCUGUCCGAGCUUCCGCCCUGGCCAUGAACGCAGCCACUUUAAGCCCGCUGUCUAUUUGUAUCCCUAAAUUUCACCACAAGCCUCUUCCAUUUCGAGAAGGUUUCCAUUUAUUGUACAAGGACGCAAGUUUCUCCAUAGCUAAUGAUCCUAAAUGGCGUCCUCACCGGAGACAAACAACCUCUCUUGCUUCACCUUCCUCACGGCACUUAAUCUUGCGUAACCGUGUGCACUGUUCUAGCCGUUCACCGGGAAAACAUAUGAAUGCUGAUUCAGUCGGUUUUGAGCCACCCAAUCCCCCAACGGUCAUAGUGGAUUCAAGCAGCGAAGUGAAUUCUUUUGUGAUACGAGAAGAGGAAUCCGUGGCAGAAUCGUUGGCUCCCACGACUGGGAAGUACAAAAACCGAUUUUUGAAUUUUGUUCGGCUUGGAAGUGUGGUGGAUAACAUGGCUGAUGCCUUCUUCAGGAGCGAGAUCAGGCGGAGGUUGUUUGUGACUGCCUUACUGAUUGUGGUCAGUCGGGUGGGUUACUUUAUCCCUCUGCCUGGAUUUGAUAGGAGGUUGAUGCCUCAGGACUACCUAAGCUUUGCUUCAGGAUCAACUGAUGAACUUGGUGAUUUUUCAGCUGAGCUAAAACUCUCACUUUUCCAGCUGGGGAUUAGUCCUCAGAUUGCUGCCUCUAUUUUGAUACAGGUUCUCUGCCAUAUUUUGCCAUCACUUGUGAGGCUACGAAAAGAAGGUUUGGAUGGUCAUGAGAAGAUCAAAGGCUAUAUAUGGUGGGCUUCGCUGGGUUUUGCAGUACUGGAGGCUAUUAUUGUUUCUUGUUACUCACUUCAGUAUUCAAUAUAUGCUUCAAGCCAGAGGUUAAAGCACGUUGUGAUCACAAGCUUUUUGUUGGUGAUGGGUGCAAUGUCCAUGACAUGGAUUGCUGACACAAUCUCAGAGUCUGGAUUUGGUCACGGCUCUUCUUUGAUAAUCUGCGCUGGGAUACUAACUGGCUACACGGAGACACUGUUCAAGAUGAUGUCUCAUUUUUCAGCAAGCUUUUGGCCCUACUUAGUUGCAGUGAUUGGAAUGUUCACUGUUGUGACAAUGUGGGCUGUGCUAGUUACUGAAGGUUGCAGGAAGAUCAAGUUGAAAUACUACGCUUUUAAAUUGGCUUCUGCAUCAAGAAGCGGGAGUUCUCCAGUCACUGAGGUGGAACCUUAUAUACCGUUCAACAUAAAUCCCUCAGGAAUGCAGCCUGUUCUUACUGCCACCUAUCUGUUGGCUUUUCCUAGCAUUAUUGCAAGCAUUUUAAACUCUCCAUUCUGGGAAAACCUUAAAGAGAUACUAAAUCCUGGGAGUUCUAUUGGUGCAGAGCCAUGGGUCUUCUAUGCAGUUUAUGCUUUUUUCGUUUUCCUGUUCAAUAUCUUCGACAUUGCUAAUUUGCCAAAAGAGAUUUCAGACUAUAUGACAAAAAUGGGUGCUCGAAUUCCAAACAUAAAACCUGGGAAGGCAACCGUAGAAUACUUAACUAAAAUUCAAGCAUCAACUCGCUUUUGGGGUGGAGUUUUGUUAAGUAUAUUGGCUACCUCUUCUUCCAUUCUGGAUCACAAUUUACGCCAUAUAAAUGAACAUUUCUCAGUAGGAUUUACAUCUGUGCUGAUCAUUGUUGGCUCCAUAAUUGAGUUAAGGAGAUCUUAUCAGGCUUACAAUGUAAUGCCUACUUUAAGCAAGGUUCUUAGGAGAUAUGGUGUUUAAAGAAAUUCAGUUGUUUUUUAACUUCAGAUACAGGAGGAGAUCAAUGUGGUUAACAAAGUACAAUCAUCUUAAUCUUUCAAGGAAGUGGGUUAAAAACAUAAUCUUUGGUUUAAAGCGGAUAGGACUACCAGAGGGGAGGAGGCACAGAAGGCCGCUAUUUCAUUGAAGUAAAAGCAGAAAAAUGUUUUAUUGGCAGCACAAUAAGUUGGAGAAAAAAAUUUUGAACAGAAAAAUAUGUGCCAUUUUUAUUGUAUUGUAGGUGGUUCAGUUCAAGGCUCUAGAGAGUAGAUUUGAGUUACAGCUUUGCAUAUGUUAGCAUUUCCUGAUUUAGAUGCCAACUUGCAGUACUUGUAAUGAUUAGUUAAAUUUUUAUGUAUUUUGGGGGUGAACCACUAUAAUUGUUGAUUGUAUUUUUGAAUAGUGUGGUGUAG